AUGUCUAAUAAUCGACUAGCGUCUAUUCUUGACUCAAAACUUAAUGGCAACAAAUACAUAGAUUGGCUUUGCAAUCUUAGGAUAGUACUUACGCUCGAAGGGCGUACGUAUCUGCUUGAUGAUAUCCCUCCAAAUGAACGUUUUGAUGAUUCAACCGAAGAGGAAGUUGCCACUUAUGAGAAGUGGAAGCAAGAUGACCUCACGGCCAGGUGCUAUAUGAUAGCAGCCAUGUCGCCAGAGCUAGUGAGAAAGUAUGAGACUUUCGCCACUGGAAGAGGAGGAAUAAAUGUCCACCUUGAUACAACUUAUGGUAAGAAUGUUAGGGAAGUGAGAUUUUUAGCUACUAAAGAGUUGAUGUCUCUUAAUAUGCGCGAAGGGACCUCGGUCCAAGAGCAUGCGCUUAAGAUGAUAUCGCUUAUUGAGAAGCUAGCGAAUAUCGAUGUUGUACUUCCCAUAGAGUUGACGGCAGAAAUUUUACUCCUCUCACUUCCUAGCUCCUAUGAAUCGUUCAUAGUCAACUUUAACAUGAACAAACUUGGAAGAGAUGGUUAG